UUGAAAAAACGAAAACCCAUUAAAGAGGGAGGCCGAAAGUCUCUCUUAUUUCCAAGUUUCCUAUGCUUUAUUGUCAAUACUCUCUUUUAAAGGGCAGGGAGUUAAUAAGGAGGCACCCUUUCAGUGUAAUCUGAUCCUCUCUGUCUCAAGAGGAAAACUUUGUAGGGGGUCUGACAAGAGAGAGCCUUCCAUGUGCAGUGGUUCGAAGAGGAAAGAAGCUCAAGCUGGUCUGGCGAUGGACUAUGAAUCCCAAAAGCUAGAUGGGUCAUUCCGUAACUUCUCUAUUUUUCUUGAAUUGUCCGCCUCAGAUGAUCUGAUUGGGUUCAAGCGUGCUGUUGAGGAGGAGGGUCAUGAUGUCAAUGAGACUGGUUUUUGGUAUGGGAGGAGAAUUGGGUCGAAGUCAAUGGGUUUUGAGGAGAGGACACCACUCAUGAUUGCUGCCUUGUUUGGCAGCAAGGAUGUGUUGAAUUAUGUGAUUGGAACUGGCCGUGUCGAUGUCAAUAAGGCUUGUGGGUCUGAUGGGGUCACCGCCUUACACUGUGCCGCUACAGGUGGCUCGGUUUCUGCUGCCGAGGUUGUCGAAGUCUUGCUUGAUGCUUCGGCAGAUGUUAACUCUCUUGAUGUCAGUGGUAAUCGACCUGGUGACUUGAUUGCUUCUGUUGUCAGUUCAGGUUUUAAUUCAAGGAAGAGGAAUUUGGAAAUCAUGCUGAAAGGCUGCGGCGGCAGCAGCAGCAGCAGCAGCAGCGAAGAGGAAGCUUAUGAGUUUUCUGGUCAAAUCUUUCGUGGCAUUGAAGGGUUGGAGCAGCAAGAGAAUACAGUUCCACGAGUUUCAAAAGAUGGGAGCGAGAAGAAAGAGUAUCCAAUUGAUCUUACUCUCCCAGACAUCAAGAAUGGGAUUUAUGGAACAGACGACUUCAGGAUGUAUACUUUUAAGAUCAAGCCCUGCUCAAGAGCUUACUCUCAUGAUUGGACUGAGUGUCCUUUUGUUCAUCCAGGGGAAAACGCUAGGCGGCGUGAUCCGAGGAAAUAUCAUUACAGUUGUGUUCCAUGCCCUGAGUUUCGAAAAGGGACGUGCAGGCAAGGGGAUGCUUGUGAAUAUGCACAUGGGAUUUUUGAGUGCUGGCUGCAUCCUGCUCAGUAUCGCACUCGUCUGUGUAAGGAUGAGACUAAUUGCAGCAGAAGGGUUUGUUUUUUUGCACACAAACCUGAAGAGCUUCGCCCCUUGUAUGCCUCAACUGGCUCAGCAGUGCCUUCUCCAAGAUCAUACUCAGGUGGCAAUUCUUUGCUGGAUAUGGCUUCAAUAACCCCACUUGUCCUUGGUUCUCCAUCUGUUAUGAUGCCUCCUACUUCAACACCACCCAUGACCCCAUCUGGAGCUUCUUCUCCUAUGGGUGGAAACAUUUGGCAGAACCAGUCAAAUAUUACUCCCCCUACAUUGCAGCUUCCUGGUAGCAGGUUGAAAUCUGCACUUUUUGCUAGAGACGUGGAUUUAGACCUGGAAUUACUUGGACGGGAAAGAAGUCGUCGUUGGCAGCAACAGUUGAUCGAUGAGUCAUCUGGUCUCUCAUCCCCAUCCAGCUGGAACAACAAUGUGUUGAAAGCGUCUUUCGUCGCCUCCUCUGGUGGUGGUGAUCAUAGUGGGGAAGUGAAUAGACUGGGAGUGAAACCAACUAACCUAGAAGAUAUUUAUGGAUCCCUUGAUCCUGCAAUUUUUCCUCAAUUACAAGGACUCUCACUAGAUGUUGCAGCAUCCCAUUUGCAGUCUCCAACUGGGGUCCAGAUGCGCCAGAGCAUGAAUCAUCAGCUUCGGUCAAGCUAUCCUAUCAACCUUUCCUCAUCUCCUGGUAGGGGAUCGGGAUCCUUCGGGAUUGAUCCAUCCAGGGCAGCAGCAGCAAUCAGUUCAAGGUCAGCUGCAUUUGCGAAGAGGAGCCAAAGCUUCAUUGAGCGUACUGCUGUUCACCGUCAUAAUGGAUUUUCUUCACCUGCUUCGUCAGCCAAUGGGAUGCCUUGUAACCUCUCCGAUUGGGGUUCACCUGAUGGCAAAUUGGACUGGGGUAUCCAGGGAGAAGAGCUUAAUAAACUGCGGAAAUCUGCUUCAUUUGGUCUCCGAAGUGCUAAUAAUGGGACACUGGCUGUCACAUCAAUUCCUGCAACUGUUGAUGAGCCAGAUGUGUCUUGGGUUCAGUCCUUGGUGAAGGAAGCUUCAUCUUCAAGAGCCGGGCAUUUAGAUUUUGAAGAUCAGCAGCAGCAGUGUCAUGUUGACAAUGGUGGGUCGGAGAUGCUCCCAGUUUGGGUGGAGCAGCUGUGCAUGGAGCAGGAGCAAAUGGUGGCUUGAAACAGAUCAACCCAUUUUAGCUCCAAAACUCAACCUUUUAACUAGUUUUUACCAUUCUUAAUAUUUUUAUUAGUAUUCAUCUUAUUUAGAGGAAAAGGGUAUACUCCAGGAGAUCAACAGAAGAAGCUGGCAGGAUGAAAGGUUUCUGCUCAUGCCGCUCUUGGGUUUUAAAAAAAUUGAUUUUUGGUUAUAUAUAAAGCUCUCUCAUAAUGAAAUAAACAUAUUUUGCUCUUUUAAACA